AUGAUCGUAUGCUUGCUUCCAUGCGUCUUUUUCUUCGGUCUAACAGCUUCCGCCAAAAACUGUGAUUUAUGUCGUACUGUACUUGAGAAAUAUCGUUCUGCCUUUCAUGAAAUUAAUUCAGAUAUAAGUCUCGGGGGUGGAAAUACAGAUUGGGAGGAAAAAUUUAUUGGAAAAUACGCUUUUAGCGAACUUCAUGCUUUUGAGACUUUAGAGCAGACUUUGAAGUCUCUAAAUGAUCGGGAGGCUCAAUUUCUCUCCGAGAUUGAAGGCGAAAUUGAAAACUUUUGGACUGGCUACUUAAAGACGGGUCUGUCCAAUCUGGAUAGCAUUGUUGAUGAUUUCUGCAUUGAGCGACUGCGUCUCUGUUGUCCGUGGAAUAAGUUCGGUAGGGAGUGUCUUGACUGCGACUCGUGCACGUUCGGUAACGGCAUGGCUUGCAUCUCGUGUCACCCUUCUUGCGCUGGUGGUUGUUCAGAUACGACCUCUUCUUCCUGUGUUUCCUGUGCUAAGGAUGGCGAAACAAUUUGUGAAGAUAUCGAUGAGUUUGGAACAUUUUGUGUCAAUUCGGAAGGUUCGUUUUCGUGUGUUAAAUGUCCAGACGGAUGUAUCACCUGCAUCAAUUCUUCUACUUGCCUUUCAUGCUCAUCUGGUUACGCAUUGCGAGAUGCGAAAUGUAUUGACAUUGAUGAAUGUUAUUCGCCGGACGCGUGCCCAGGAUUCAAGCAGCGUUGCAUAAAUAAACCAGGAUCCUAUCUUUGUGCGUGCGAAGAGGGAUAUCGGUUAAAGGAAGGCGUAUGCGUACCUGCCGCCUCACGCAGUCCUAAUCGACGACGGUCAGGUAACAGAUGGAACUCCAAACAAUCUACGAAGCUUUUAGCUGAAUUUUCGAAACUCAUCGUAAUCCUGGUCUUCUUUGGUGUCGUUUUGUACCUUAACUCAAGUCGUUUAUUUGUUUGUGCUCCUCUUGCUGCAGCCACUAUUGGCAUAAUAUGCUAUCAAGCAGCCGUGCUUGACAACCUUCAUACGUAUUCGUAG